GGAAAUGAAAACAACAAAUCAGCUGAUCCUGUCGUCUGCAGCGGACGGCCGACUCUUGCGUGUUGUUAUUAUUAUUAUUAUUAACGUCAUUUUUAUCGACACUUCUCUCUUUUUCUCCUUUUAUUCUUGUUGGGUGUUUUCCUCUUCUUCUCCUCCGUGUUUCUGUCUCCGGUUUUCGCAUCUGUGCAUGCCAUAUUUGGAGGAAAUUAAAGGAAAGAAAUGAUUUGUUAGAAGAUGGCACACAGAUCAACUGCAGCGUUCUAGCAAAGGAUUCAGGCAUAACCCUCCUCGAGCCAUAUUUCCCCUCCCCCCCCUCCCCACCCUCUCCCACAGUGCAGACCCCUUCCCCCCUCUACACUGCUAUGGCCGGAUUGGAUGACUACCAGUUCUUCUCUAGCCUACGUGAGCGCGACACCCCCUUCUGGCAGAAAACCUACGCAGGAGGGGGUGUCGACCGGCCCCACCACGAAGCGAUGAUGAUGUCCAGUGAGACCUUCAAGCGACCAACGGAAUUCCCCCAGAACCUGCUCAACCCGGCUCUUGCCUCCCACCCCCCCUCUGCCGCAGGCACCAAGCCCUAUGAUGCUGUGGACUCGUCCAAAGCGAAUGAUGUUCAGAUGGAAAAGUAUGGCGAGCUCUCUAUAAACCUUGUCAGCUUGUGUGCAGAAAAUCUGCUCAGUCACCCCUUCAUUGUGGUCCGGAGGCAGUGCCAGGUGAAUGUGAACAGCCAGCGUUACCACCUCCUGCCCAUCACCUUGGUGCCGGCUUUAAUCCACAUGCAGGGCUGCCAAGGGGUCUCCGCUUUCUGGAAGGGCCUUGGCUCCGUGCUCACCGUGAGGGGAGUCACCCUUGCCCUGGAGGAUUGCCUCUCCAAGUUCACGCCGUGGCCCAAAGAAAUUUCCCCUCACAGUUCUCCCAAAACCAUUGGCCAACACCUGCUCCUCAAGUGCUCUGCCUUGGCCCUCAUAACCCCCUUCUACAGUGCGAGCCUAGUGGAAACAGUGCAGAGUGAGAUUGCGAGUGAAAAACCGGGUGUGCUGGACGUUUUCAAGGAAGGCCUCACACGACUGCUGUCUUUCACACAGCCUCAGACAGGACGCAUGCUCCCUGUAUGGCUGCUCAUCCUCCCCACAGUCACGCAUGGAAUUCUACAGUACUUAAUUGGCAACGCAGUCUCUACCAUAACAUCCCAUGCUUUGAGACGCUACCAGAAGCAGGACCAGCAGAAGCAGGGUGCCGUAAGCAAAGACUCGGGUUCCUUCCUGGAUGCCUCAGUACGCCUGCAAUCGGCCUUUAUUGGCCACCUUGCCUCGGACAUUAUUCUCUAUCCCUUGGAGACUAUUUUGCAUAGGCUGCAUAUGCAAGGCACUCGCACAAUCAUCGACAGCCUUGAUGUAGGCUACGAGGUGAAGCCGAUCCUGACGCGAUACGAAGGCUUUUUUGACUGCCUCCAUACCACCAUUCACGAGGAAGGGUUCUUUGGCCUCUUUAAGGGUUUUGGUGCAAUGUGCAUGCAGUACGCUCUCCAUGCGGCUGUGCUGAAAUUUGCGCAGGUCAUCAUUAGGGAGGUCACCUUUAUCCUCGUCCCCCCGAAGCCCAAGCUAAAACAACAGGACUUAGUGGGCCCCCUGGCUCCCAGUGCUCCCUACACGCCCCUCCAGGCCGUGCCCCCUCCUGGCAUGGCGGGCCUGCACUCCCCCCCUCUCACCUCUUCCCCCCGCCAACACCAUGGCUCUCCCAGGCAGGGCCCCCACGGUGCAGGCAGGGGCCUUGCCUCAGGGGGCAUGGGGGACACCUCCUCUCCAGCUCGACGGAUACGCGAGUUUGAUGUGCGAGCUGAAAUGGAAAAGCACAAAUUCAAUCUCUCCAUUGAUGACUGAGGUCCAUGCAGCUAGCAACAUUUUUUUUCUUAAUCAAUAAUUGUUAUUUUGUUUGCUUGGUUGUAUCAUGAAAUGAUGAAUUAAAAGCUAAUUUUUUUUUUUUUAAGGUGAGGUAAGAAAGAUUGAAGCCAAUUUUCAAUUAAACAUUUUCUUUUGUAUGCUGAAACACUUGUCAUUUUUAUGCUUUUUAUCUGUCUUCCUUUCUUUUUUUUUUUUUUUCUUUUUAAAGGAGAGGUUAUGUUAUGUUAUAUAUAAUUAGAAUUUUCUUUUCCUUUGUUUCUUUCUUCCAUAAUCUCAGCAUUGUGACAGAAGUAGCCCACAGCCUUUUUAUUUCAACAUAGCUAUCAGAGGUUUACAACAUUCAUGCCAAAAAUAUAUAAACACAUCCCUAUAUCUAUACACAUUAAUAGUAUUAUCGUUAUAUUAACUGUCUUGACUGGUUAAAAUACCCAUAUCCAAAUGCUUCCUUCAUUUAGUAUGUGGAUAAUUCUCCUGCUUGUGCCUGUUUCCAAAGUAUUCAGAUGUGAUAAGAUUUCCCUUUUGUUUCCUCAUUUUUAUGUAGAAUAGGCAUUGUAUUGUGUUAACAGGAGACAGGUUUAGAAAAAAAUACUCGUUAUCUUCUUAUUAAUGACUCUUUUUUUUUCUCUCACGCCAUUUUUUAUUCUUUGUGUCUCUCCUGUUUGACACCGUGUACAGAAUGCAGUUGACGUACAUAUAUGCAUAUAUAUCUUUGAGAAGGAUUCUUAAAUAUGUUCUGUAUAUCCAAUGCUUUGUUGAUUGUAUAGAAAAAUAUUGCUUCAAGUACUCUAGACUGGGCCCUUAAUUGUUAGUUGAUUUUGGUAAAAUAAAUGAAAAAAAGGGGCUAUGAAAAAGCAAAAUUGUGUUGGGGUUCUUUAUAAUAGCAAAAUAUUUCUUGUAUAUGUCCAUUGUAGCAUGGUAAGCUGUCCUCUGUAUGUUACUUGUAAAUAAAAGAUUUAAAGUAAAGGCUAUUUUUUUUGUAUCAGUUACAAAAUGAGAAAUGGAAGAAACAAAUAAUGGAAAGCACUGUCCUGUAGGUACAUUAGCCCCAAAACACUAAACAGAAGAAACAAUACCAAUAUGUAUUUAUAUCGUAUCAAAUGCACUAACCCCUCUAUGAUCACACAUUUUACUAUAGCCCAUCGGUGCUAUCACACAUACCUCAAAGGUUGACACCCCUCUGCUAACGCUGAUGUAAGCGCACCAUAGCACACAAGAUCGGGAGCAUCAGCUGUUAUACUGGCUGUGACUGGUUGCAACCAUCCUGUUCCUACCACAGGACAGGUAAUGCAGGCUUUGUCACAAUGUGUAAUACUUGUACAAACACACACACAAUACAGUGUGUGUGUGAGCAAGUGUUAUUGGCAGUGAAUGGACAGGGCCUGAAGGAUUUGCUUGAUGCCCCCAAUCCCUCGCUCAUCGUGGGGGGCUUUGGAGACAGGGACUGAGGCCUAAUGAAGGGAUCACCCUACCUUGGUCCUCAGCCCUCACCUCAACUAAUUUUGCAUAGUCUUUUCUUCUCCUUCUUUUCCUUUUCUUCAUCCUGUUGUUCUGUCCCCUUAUUGUAAUUUUUAACUCAUUUUUGCCAUUUUUGCCAUAAUACUUUAUCAUAAUGCUCCCUACUCUCUUAACUCCUUCCCCUUCUUGCAACCUUUAUCCUAUACUAUACCCCAGCAGCUCCCCCUCUCUACACUUUCCACUGCCAUACUACCUUUCAGUACUGUUCAACUGGUAUCUUUACCCUAAUCACUGACACAUUCCUAACCCUUUUCACUCAUAUACUUUACCAUAGUGCCAUAUGACCUUUGGUGUCACAUAGUGCUUCCUUACUUGGGGGUUUGUCACCAAGCCUCGAGUUAUCACUAUAUUUUGAAUACACUACUAAUGCCCUUAGAUGUUGAUGCAUCAGAAAAUUUUCAACAAAUAAUAUUGCAUGAUGUUAGCCAACAAAGGACAGAAAUCCUGAUAGUCAGGUGAAACCCAACAAACAUUUGGGUAGCUAUCAGGCAAAACAGUCAGUCCUUUCAUGUCAUUCAGUCUAAAGGUAUCAAUAUAUUGUUUUAUGCUCGAAUAGAAUUAGUGUUUAUUUUGUUCUUUUAUAUUCUUCUAUCAGAGUUCACUGUGAUGAAUGUAGGAUAAGGUAAGAAUAUUAAAUUAAUACUUUCACAGAGAAAUAAAUGUAACUGAUUUGUUUCAUUUCUAUGGUCAUUAGAAUUACAGUUACUGUAAUAGGUCCUCAGAUAAAAAGAAGAGGAGAUCCAUAAGAAGUUAGAUUGAAAAUAAAACUACAAAAUUAUAUAACA